AAUCACAAUGAAUUGCAAUGUAGGUUUAUAUACAACAAUCACAAUGAAUUGCAAUGUAGGUUUAUAUACAACAAUCAUAAUGAAAUGCAAUGUAGGUUUAUAUACAACAAUCACAAUGAAUUGCAAUGUAGGUUUAUAUACAACAAUCACACUGAUGACAGUCACAAUAAUGUACACUGUAGGUUCAUUUCCAAAGUUAAUGAAAUGCAAUGUAGUGUUUAUGUACAAAAUCACAAUGCUGUAUAAUGAAGGUUUAUGUACAAUGAUCAGAUUGCAGGAGAUUAAACCCUUUAAACCCUCAACCUGCCUAGAGGAUUCUAUUCAACCCAAAAGAAAAUUGUCUUUCCUGAAAGCACAAUAAAGCAGAACGUAAAGGUAGUAAGUGCUAAACCCUGCCCCACUGACGCAUAUUCUUUGCCGCUUCUCUUUUCUCACUUCAUGCUAAUCUCUGAGCAUGGUGAACGAGUUCAGCCAGUUCACUUAUUGUUAUCAUCGCCCGAAGGUGGGGACCUUUUCCUCAGUUAUGCGGGUGUGGAUGCCAGUUUUGUGUCUAAAAUUCCUUGCUACUUUAGGUUUACAGUAAACGUCAGCGCUGUGAUUGAGAAGCACCCAGGACGCGCCCUGCUUCUGUCCUAUGGGCUGAACCUGAGCGAGGUGACGCGUGGAAGGAAGCGACGCCAUGCGCUCAGACCACUGAACACCGCUCACAUCACCUUCUAGCGUCACAUCACAACAGCCCGAAGGCGCCAGAGACCGCCGCGUCUUUUAAUUUCACAGAGCUCGGUGUGCUCUCCAUAGCUUCAGAGGUGCUACCUGACUUUGUCAUCACUCCGGUGACAGAAAAUGCUCGAGUGUCUUUGUGGGAACUGGUGCUCGCGUCUGAUUGAAGGGAACAAAUCGACGUGCUAUUUUCUGCUCCUGCUUCUCUCCUAUGUGCUCUAUCUAGUGUUCGGGGCUGUCGUGUUCUCCCUGGUUGAAUUGCCCUAUGAAGACUUGCUCCGACAAGAGCUUAGUGAUGCGAAGCAGCAGUUUCUCCGUGAGAAUGAAUGCUUAUCCGAGGAGAAACUGGAGGCAUUUUUGGCCAGAGCGCUGGAGGCCAGUAAUUACGGCGUGUCCGUGUUAAAUAACAACGCAACCAACUGGAAUUGGGAUUUCACCUCAGCGCUGUUUUUCGCAAGCACAGUGCUCUCCACGACAGGUUAUGGACACACAGUGCCCCUAUCAGAUGAGGGAAAGGCCUUUUGCAUCUUCUACUCUGUGGUUGGGAUCCCAUUCACCCUCCUGUUCCUGACUGCAGUGGUGCAGAGGGUCAUGGUGUUCAGCACCCGACGGCCUGUGGCCUUCCUACAGCUCCGCUGGGGUCUGUCCAAGUCUCUGGUGACAGGUGUGCAUGCGCUCAUGUUAACCGUUAUCGUGGUCUCCUGCUUCUUCCUCAUCCCUGCUGUAAUCUUCUCUGUUAUGGAGGAGAAUUGGAAUUUCCUGGAGUCUUUCUACUUCUGCUUCAUCUCACUUAGCACCAUUGGUCUGGGUGACUACGUGCCAGGAGAGGGCUACAACCAGAAGUUCAGGCAUCUCUAUAAAGUGGGAAUUACUGUCUAUCUGUUGCUGGGCUUAAUCGCUAUGCUGGUAGUCCUGGAGACAUUGUGUGAGGUUCAGCAGUUGAAGAAACUAAGGAAGAUCUUUUACCUCAAAAAAGAGAAAUCAGAAGACCAGCUUACAAUCAUGGAACAUGAUCAUCUCUCUUUUACAUCUAUGUCUGACCAAGGAGGCCCAGUCAGAGACUAUAAGACAGAUCUUUCCCCCGACAUAUCCCCAAUAGCAGCCAGUGAUACUCCUGUCAUUAGGUAAGGUCCUAAGCAAUAGUCAAAUCUACAUAGUCAGUAAUCAAAUGCUUCUGAAUUAAAUUAGUGGUACUUGAAAUAAUGGCUAGACUACAUGCUAACGUUUGAAAACAGACACAUGAUUGUAGUAAUCAUAGUAUAUGUUGUAAUUGUGUAAUAACUUAUUAGAUAUCAUAUAAAACAGUUUAAAAUCUUGGCAUUGUUAGUAGACAUUAAUCAAUAAGUUUUAGGUACUCUGUAUCUAUAAGGACAUGCAGUUUAUUGAAUAUCAAGUUAAAAGGGAUUGAAAGGGAUUUAAUUGGGAUAUGUAUCUAGUGUGUUGAUUGUCAUUAAUGAAAAAUUAAUGUCAUUGAUCAUUCUAUGAACGUGUAUUGAUAAGGGUUUUAAAUAAGCACUUUUUUCCUGUGUGUGUGUGAGUGCCACAACUGAGCUGUAAUGAUCCAGCGAAAACCCUAGUCAAAAGUUUGGGCACACAUAUUGAGACCAGAGGGGUGUUUUUUAAAUUAUAUUAUCUUUCCUCAUGUAAAAGUAAUAACAAGGUCACCAAUGUUAUUAAGUAACAUGUAUGGAAUUAUGCAGUGAGAAUAAACUGCACAAGAUUUUUUUGUAGCCUUGAUCACAGCUUUUUACUGUUACCUAAUGUUCAUGUUACAUACCCUGACACUAGCCACAUAUUAAAGUCGGCUUAAAGAAUGAAUAGCAUAAUAAAUGACACUGAGAUCUGUAACAAAAAUAGUCUUAAUGGUGUGUCUUGCUGAAGACCUCUUCCUUUUGUAAUUGCUCUUAUUGAAAAGUUUUGGGGGUCUGGGGGACAUUAUUAAUUGUAAUUUCUUUUGUAAAUGGGCACAGUAUUCAUUUAAGAUGAGUUAGAAAGAGUUUAGAUGAGAAUAAAAAAACAAAAGAUCAAUCAUGUUUCGAGUAAGAAGAAAAAUCCGCCUGUAGAUCAAAUAUGAAACAAGCACUGAAUAAGGUGUGUCCAAACAUUUGACUGUUGCUUUAAUAUUAUGUCAUUAUGAUAGUUUAUUGAUGUUGUGAGCAAAUGCAGACUAGUGACUUCAUACAAUAUAGGUGCAUCUGUAAAUUAUAGGCACAACUAUAAAGCAGACAAAUCAGGUAUGUAGGUGAAAGCAUGCUGCUUAUUCUGAAUUCAUAUACAAUUUGUGUUAACUGAAAUAGAAUGGAUUCUCAUGCUGUAUGUGUUGCUGUUGCAGUAGUUCAUACUGUAGUUGUACACAUGAGAGUACUGUUUUGCAUUGUAUUAGGAGUUUAAUGAAGGUGCUUUAGGUUUACAGACUCCGGGAAAUUGUGUUGGUGAAAACUGUAUCUUGAAGCUACAAUUCCCAUGACUGGGAUAAUAUAUAAAUAUUUUUGCAAUCUGUGUAAUAUUUGUCAUAUAAAUUGAUAGCUGAUAUGUUACAGUUCCUGAAUACAAUGUAUGCUUUACAACAGGGUAUUGAAAAGUCACUGCUAUUAAAAUUCAUAUGAUCAAUUUGUAUGUUGGAAUUAGUAUUUGUAAGUCUUAAGAUCUGUGAAUAAAUUGUGCUCAAAUGUUAAACUGUAAUAAAUGGACAGUUGAUUGAUUAA